CGAAUACAGCAAGGAUCUUAUGCGUAUUCUAGAUCUUGAGUUCGAUGACAACAGAAUCCUACCCGUUCAAAUCCCUCCAACAACUCAAACGUCUACAACCCCUACUGCCUCAACUACUCAAGCAUCUACAAACCCUACUACCUACCUAUGUUGAAGCCAAACAGAUAAUUCACAGCUGUAACCAAGCUUUUCGAGAGCACUUUGUGCCCAAGAUCAACACGGUCCAGACUGAUUGGAAGGCGUCUACACCAGCACCCGAUUAUGCCUUCGAACAUCAUUUUAUUAGUACUGCUAACGAAAUGUCCCCAGAUCUCAACAUAAUAGAGGCUACAUUUAGAUGUAUGAACAGAUCCUUCCUCAUGUGUCCUUACCUGUUUAUUGAAGCGAAAAGCUUCACGGGUCAGGUUCUCGGAGCGGAGAACCAAGCUAUCAUGGAUGGUCGUAUCGCUUUGGAUAUGACGUGGGGGAUACUCGAAGAUCAAGAUAUGAUCUUUGUUGUAUGCACGAUGCCUUGGUAUGCUAGGAUAUCUGUUAUGUGGAGAGAGGAGAAAACGACGGAGAGCAUUAGUAUUGGAGAGGGAAAUUCGAAUGCUUGUUACCACAUCAAGCCCAUUCGCGCAUUCAGCCUUGAUACGUUAGAAGGAGCUAGAAUGUGUCGACAGUUCAUCUACCGUAUCCAUUAUUGGGCAACAGUGAACAGAUUGCCCAGGAUUCAAAAGGGUAUCGACAAUUGGCGCGCAAAGGGUUAUCCAAAGGAUAAACAUCAAAUCUCGCUUCGCAAUGCCUACGUCUUUGACGAUGAGGUCUGAUAUACGCCAAUUCAAUGAUAUUUCAGACUUCUCUGUCAUACUUCGGGCCUUACAUUAUCCCAUUCGAUUGACGACGAUUUUUCUUUUCGAUGAUAUUCAUUGGCAAUGAGGGCUCGGAUGCGUUUUGCUACUUGCUUAUGGGGAUGCGAAUGAUCUAUUCUUAUGAUGAUUGUUGACGAUGCUGCGGUUCCAUAUGGGUUGGGAUUUCCCCAGGUUUCCUUGUUGGCUUUUUCUUCAUUGGCCAUGAUUUGUUCUUACUACGAUAUAAACUGCGAUGUUACUUUUAUUUUCUCAUUUUAAUUAUAUACCUAAUGGAUAUUUGCUG